AUGGCUACGAUUUCUGAUAUAAAGUCUGCUCGUACAGAUAGUCAGUUUAGUACGAAGAUGAGACAUGAUGAUCACAAGAAGAAGAAGAAACAACAGCAACAACAACAACAACAACAGCGAAAAGAAGACGAUGAAGGAACAAAGAAGAAGCUAUCAUUGUCAUCAACGAACGGUUAUCAAAGUGCGGAGUGCACUGAAAAAGCUAAUGAUUCAAUUGAAAUUGGCAAAAUAGAUACGUUAUCAGCAGUCCAAUCUAUUAAUGUAAACAAAAAGUCCAAUCGAAUGUCUCCAACAAUGAACGAGUCAUCAGAUAACAAGACAAAGAGAAAGAAUGGAGAAAAAACAAUUAAAACAGCGCAACAAAAGGAGGAAUCAAGGUCUGCAUCCAUGUCCUCCGUUUCAAUUACUAAUAAAAAUGUUAAAACAGAGGAAGCAUCUUCCUCUAGUUCAAAUCAUAAUGAAGUCAAACAAAAGGAUGAAACAUUAACACCAUCGUCAACGGCAAAUACCAUGAAAAAACGUCCGUCAAUAUCAACAACUUCCGAGCCCGAAACCAAAGAAUCGACUCCAUCAACAGCUGAUUCAGUCAAUGAUGCAGCUUUUCCAAUCGAGAAAGGUGAUGCUCAACAUCUGACAGAUUUUCAACUUGAGAAAGCAAAAUAUUUCUUCAAUGUUAAUCUCGAUAUUGAGAACAAAGAAUAUGUUACAUGGGAAGAUGUUGAAUUUUAUUUGCUAUUUCAUGCAACAGCAGCCGGCAAAGAAGGAUCCGAUGGUGGUGUUUUAGAAGCACGAUUAAAUCGAGCAGCUAAAGCUUUUUGGGAUCAUGUUCAUGAUCAGGUACCUCUACCCGACAAUAAACGCGAUACAUUAACAUUAGAUCAAUUUCUUGAUACUUGGGCCGGUCUAAUUGAUUAUGUCGUUCGAACGAAUCAACUGCCACCAAUUGUUCAAGAUCUGGUCAAACUCGGCUUUGAACUCUAUGCGACAGACAAUGGUAAUGGUAAAUCAGCCACGAUUCAGCCAGCAGCAUUCGAUCAACUUUUUCAAAAAAUGAACAUUGGCCGGCCUUAUGCCAUCAUGGCAUAUAAGUAUUUAACUGAAAAUGGUACAAAACCAUUAGAUGCGGACAAAAUCGAUUCAAUUGUCAAAGCUGUCAUCACAUCUUCAGAUGAUGAACAUGAUUCUCAUUUUCUCCUACCUGGAUUCUUUAAAACAAUCGCUAGUGGUCGAAAUCAUGAUAAAGAUAUCAAAACGAAGCCACAGUCACCAGGACCAGAGGAAGAUCUCUCUCAAACUAGUGAAAAAUCCUCAUCGUCAUCAACAUCAACAUCAACGACUACAUCCUUGUCACAGGCACCUCUCCCAAAAUCUCAACCAGUUAGUGAAUCAAGUGAAUCAUCGUCUUCGUCAGCGCCACCACCACAACAACCUUCAUCGCCACCACCAAAACCAUCUCUCUCACCUUCACUCAAAGAACAGCCAAAUCCCAGUGAACGACAUACUGCAUCGCCUUACUUUCUUCAAAAAACCAGCUCACCCCCUCCAGCACCGACUUCCUUACCAUCAACGUCACCACCGCGAUUUCCUCAACAGCCACAGCCACCGUUACAGCCACAGCGACAACAAACUCCUUCUCUAUCUCGCUCGCCACCUCAAAGACAGGAAAUUCAUACACCGUCUUCAAAUCAAUUAAAUCGUAUUCUUCAAAAUAGUACAAUUCGAUCUACAAGUUUAAAUACCACAACAUCUUCGCGCCAAAUUCCACCACCCCCGACACAACCAAGACAGCCGAAGAUAGACGUACAACAGCAAGAAGAUGAAAAUAUACGUUCUCUCCUACGAUAUUAUCACAUUGAUGACGGUGAUGUUUUCGAAGUAGCUGAUGGCCCUCUUCAACGUUUAGUAUUAAUCCAUCCUGAACGUCCCGUUCCAUCCUAUAUUCAAAGUGAUCGAACUUUACUGACGAAAUUACGCACAGAGAAAAUACCCACACCGCCAUCUCACCAGAACGGAGCAAUUGAUCCAAUGAAAAAGUCUCAUUUAAACGGAAAAUUACCACAUGAUUUCGAUUCUAACCCACAUCAAAAACAACCACGGCAGCCUCCGAUACGUGUUGAAACAUUGAAAGACCCUAUGACGCCAUUGCGUCAAGUGCAAACGCCAGUCUAUUCAUCAUCACCUGUCCUUGGAUCAACUUAUUCAAACGAUCACUCCGCUCAUAGCGAUGAAAUUCGAAGAAAAAGCAAACGUCACGAAGCGCACGCUGUUCGAAUUAAGAAAAAAUUGCUUGACGACAGUUCCGUAACCAGCGAUGUAUCGUCUUCAAGACAUGAUGAAAAACGAGUGAGAAAGGAUCGAACAUCAGACGACGAAGAAAAAAUCGUUGCUACAGUUCUCAAACAUCUAGCACCUAUCGUCGAAAAACGCGUUGCCCAAGAAUUACGUCGUAUUGAUGAAGACGAAACUGAUCAAGACGAAGAUGAUGCUUUCAUACCAUUUCCGUUUAUGCUAGCAACUGGCCUGCCAUUAUUUAAUGGACCAAACGGUGGUCCGCCACCAUCAGAACACGAUUCUAAACAUUCUAACUCUCAUCAGCAUCAGCAAAAAACAGCUCAACGAAAUGGCACGCCUCAAGAUCAAGACGGAGGAGAACAACACAAACAAACUAAUGGACAUCGAGUACCUGAUUUCGGUGGUGCAGCAUUUCUACCACCUCCAUUAUUCAUGGCAAUGAUGAGUGAUCUAGCACGAGGGGGUCCCGCGGGAGACAUACCUGGUUUCGCGCCAGAUAUGAUGCCACCAAACCGUGGACCAGAUCUUGGCUUCAUGAUGUUUGUUGAUGACAAUCAGAUGAUGGGCGGGCCAGCUGGUUUUCCCUCACGGCCUGCACAGCGUUUUUAA